UCACAUUCACUGUAGUUGGCUGUUUUCAUUUUUGUAAACAAGAGAACCCUGGGGGAGAUCAUCGCGAUUUUACCAUUUUCCGCACAAUUUCUGGCCUGUGAGGGCUUUAAAAUUUCUGUGAAACUGUGAUAAUAAAUCGAGCUAGUACUUCUUUUGGUUAAUUUCCAAAAAUUUACACCAGAAGUUGAGUUUUCAAGGCGUUUUUUGUUGGGCUGCUGAAAUGUCAGUAUAGAGCAGGGAAAGUUUUUCUAGGGCGAUUUUCUGGCAAAAAUGAACGAGUCCGGGGAAGGCAGUUCUGAUAGUUCCAGUUCGAGCAGUACUGGAUCAGAGGCAGAAGAGUGUUUCUUGCGCUCUUGCAGGAAUGGUGACUUGAGUAUGGUGAAGAAUAUGCUCGAAAAGCGAGAUGCUGGACAGUACUGCUUCGACAUCAGCUGCAAAGGGCAAUCCAAGAGCAAUCUGGGAUGGACUCCUCUGCACUUGGCCACUUAUUUUGGUCACCGAGAUGUGAUGGAAGUGCUCCUGGCCAGGAAUGCCGACAUAAACGCUGUGAAUGAUGCUGGAGAUACUCCUUUGCACAAGGCAGCAUUUAUUGGACGGGAAGAUCUCGUAAUGCUUCUGCUGCAGUUCAAUGCCAAUGUGAACAUAAUCAAUGGAGAGGGAAGACUUCCAAGAGACAUGACGCCUUCCAAUGAAGUUGGUCAGGAAAUAGCGAAACUCUUGAGGGCUGCUGAAGCCACGGAACAACUGAGAAAGGAAGGAAAACUUCUAACAGCUUCCCGGGAGGGAAAUAUUGAGCUUCUGAGCACUCUGCUGAAAGAUGAUAAUCCGCCAAAUAUCAACUGUGUUGAUGCCCAGGGGAACUCUUGUCUGCAUUGUGCAGCUUACAGAGGACACAAGGAAACGGCCGUUUUGCUGCUGCAAAAUGGCAUCGACACAAGUAUUCGCAACAACAGGGGUCAAUUGGCACUGGAUCUGGCCAGAGAUGCUCAGACACUGCAAGUGUUGAGCGUCAAAGCUGUCCGGAAGGUUCAGAAAACAGCCAAUCGAUAUGAGGGACCUCUACUAAAGCGAUCGAGAUUUCUGGGCUGGAAACCUGUUUGGGCUGUUUUAGAGCGGGGUGUUCUGAAUUAUUUUGCCUCGAGGGCAGAUUCUACUGUGAGUGCUAACAAAAGGAGCGACUAUAAAUAUCUGGAUAGUGCCCGUGUAACUCCACUUACUGCAGAUCUCUCUUCUUUUGUGGUACAUUUCAAUGAUGGUGCUGUCCAUCGAUUGAGUGUUAUAAAUAAUGGAGAUCCACCUCAAGUGGCGAGACAGAAAUGGAUGAAUGCUUUCAACGAGCAUUCAGCCUAUAGCUCCCACUAUCUCUGGGGGAGUCAUCGUCGAAAAUCGGACAGUGAUGAGGAUUUCAGUAGUAUCGGAGGGAAACCUCUGGGAUGCAUGACUGAUGCUCUGGCUUCGGCAACUGCCAGCUUUGAAGUCCUGCAGAGGCAAUUGGGUGAAUGUGCGAUGCUCGUUGAGGCUCUUCAGAAGAGUCUGGAAACGACAGAUUCCUCAGCUUCUCUUCCAAUGUCAGCAAUGAUGGUAAAUGAAGCUAUCUGCUUUUUGCGCUUCCAGCUUGUUUCGGAGACAGCUGCCAAUAUGCUGUCUUCGUUGCAGCACUGUCUAACACUUUUUCAUCAGCAAGAGGACAUAAGGGUGCUUCAGUUGAAGCAGGAACAGGAAAAAUGUAGAGUACUUGAAGAAGCACUCAAUGUUCUGGCCAAAGAACAUCAUGAACUUGAGCAAUCUGUUGCGAGUCAUAUUUCAGAGACUGGAACCUUUCCAAGGAGUCUGAGUCACAAAAGUCCAAGGAUUUAUGACACAGAUGACGAUGAAUUUUUUGAUGCCUUCGAAGCGGACUCUGACACAGAUACUCUGGUUACCGCAGAGUCCCUCUUCAAUUCGCCUAGUGGCUCUAUUCAGGAUUUGGCUGUGAGCACGCGUUCCCGGACUUCUUACACAAGAUCCGGAAGGCAUUUACUGUCGUCAGAACGGAGAAGAAGAGCCUCUAAUGAUAGCAAUUCAUCCUCUGGAAGUAGUGAUACCCUUGUGGAUGGAGUAUCCAUAGCAUCAUCGUGUGGAACUCUUUUCUCUCAGGGUGGGGAUGCCUAUCGAUGUGCCAGAGAGGAAUUUGUCUACGAAGCCUCAAAUUCUGCCGGGAAGAAACCUACCAAGAGACGAAAAAGUGCUGAAACAAGCCAAGACUUCAGGCAAAGGCAGUCACUGCCGGUACCUAUGUUCUCUCGCAAUGACUUCAGCAUUUGGUCAGUGCUGAAGAAUUGUAUUGGGAAAGAGUUGAGUAAGAUCACGAUGCCGGUGAUCUUCAACGAACCCCUUAGUUUCUUACAACGAAUAACUGAACAUAUGGAAUAUGCACCCUUGCUCCAUGUGGCUGCUCGGCAAGAGGACUCAGUGGACAGGCUCAAGUAUGUGGCUGCUUUUGCAAUUUCUGGCCUGGCGUCAAAUUGGGAUCGUCUAGGGAAACCCUUUAAUCCUCUUCUUGGGGAAACUUAUGAACUUCAGCGUCCUGAGUAUCGUAUUGUCUGUGAACAAGUAUCCCACCAUCCUCCGGUUACUGCUUUUCAUGCAGAAUCUGACGAUUUUAUCGUGCAUGGAUCAGUUCAUCCUAAGCUCAAGUUUUGGGGUAAAAGUGUCGAGAUUCAGCCCAAAGGUUGUGUCACCGUUGAAUUCCCAAAAUCGGGCGAUGCUUUUACAUGGUCUGGGGUGAAUUGCUGCGUCCACAAUAUAAUUGUAGGGAAACUCUGGAUGGAACACUAUGGCACGAUGGAGAUUACAAAUCACAAAACUGGACAUCGAGCUGUGAUUACACUCAAACCUGCUGGGUGGGCUUCCAAAGAUCUCCAUCGUGUGGAAGGCUAUAUCAUUGAUAAGAACAAGAAGAAGCUUUUCUUCAUCUAUGGAAAGUGGACAGAGUUCCUGAAAUGCACUGAUCAGGCAUCUUAUGAGGAAUACUUUAAAGAGAAUGCUCACAAAUUCAAACGAGGCGACGAAAGAAGUCGCAGUCCCAAUGAAUCUCCCGCUCAUACACCCAGGAAGGUUCUAUCAAAGCUCAAUAGCCUCAAAAUGUCAUCCUUUAAGAGUCUCUCUGUUCAAGAAUCUGACGACGUCCCAGAACCACCUGAGGGAGAAAUUCCAAAAUGUGAUUCCACGUAUUCUAUAGAUAUUCCUAAUUCCAUGACACUCUGGGAAGCAGAUCCAAGGCCAGAGAAUGCUGCAGAGUAUUAUCAGUUUACGCUAUUUGCAAUGGGUCUGAAUGAAUUGGAACCGGAAAUGAAGACUCCGGAGACGCUUUGUCCUACGGAUUCACGUCUCAGACCUGAUAUAAGGAAACUCGAAGAGGGUGACAUUGAUGGGGCUGCUGCUGAGAAAACACGCCUCGAGGAGAAACAACGAGAUGCUAGAAAAGCUCGCAAGGGAAAGAAAGGAGAAGAAUGGUCGCCCAAAUGGUUCACCAAUGGUCUCAAUCCUCACAACAAAGUGGAUGAUUGGCUCUAUAGUGGUGGCUAUUGGGAUCGUAAUUACGACUCCCUUCUGGAUUUGGACAUCUUUUAGAGAGGAAGCUACAUCUUGUGAUUUUCCUUUUAAAAAUUUAUAACACACAGAAACACAAAGAAAAACACAACACACAUCAAAAAAGACAUUUUUUCUAACUUAGAAGAGGAUUUAUCAGAAGAAGAAAAAAAAAUGAGAGAAAACAGUAUAUUUUUGUAUGAAGAUCUUCACCAGAGGGAUAAUUUAGGGAGAUCAAUUUGUUCUUCUUUGUCUUCAGCUGUAAAAUGUAAAUGCAUUUCCUUCAACAUUAAAACUCAAUCAAAAGAACAAGAAAAACAUUGCAAUCCAAGAAAAAACGCUUCCUUAUGCAACUAAAUUGUUGCUAAAUCACAUAAAGCUUCAGAAAGAGCGUGAGAUUUUGAAAAAGAGAAAAAAAAAUCACGAAAUAUCUGUCUAGAAAUAGUCAUUCUGUAGUUUACUCCCAUUUAGUCUCACUAGGUGACUAAAUUGUGAGAUUGAUGGCAGAAAAUGUAGACAAUUUCAGUGUUUUUUUUGGAACCAGAAAUAUUCACAGAAAGAAAGUACUGCAUUUUUUGUGAUGUGCCAAAGAUUAUAACUGGAAACAUAUUUAAAAAAAUAAAUUAAUAUAAUGAGGCUUUUAGUUCUGCACGUAGAGAUUUAGAAGACAGAGAGGUAUAAAGUGUAUAAAAUAAAAUCCAUUCAAUUAGGAUGAAAAGAAAAUGUAAAAGUACUUAGAACUCAUUCCAAAGAAAUUCAUUUUUUUUAAAUUUUUAAUAUUGCUCCUAUUUUUCUAUGUCUAAAAAUUUUAUUUGUAUUUUUGAUGAAUUUUGUCAAUUAUCGUGCAAUUUUUUAAAGUUUUAUCUUUACAGCUAAUUUUGCCAUUUAUUUUUUGAAAUGUAUAUUUAAAAACUGUUAUUAUAAAGAGAUAUUUUGUAAAACUUGGUGCCAUGUUCAUUUUUUUUUGUAAAUUAGGAAAAAAAAGUCAUUAAAAGUAAUUAAUAAAUGGUGUAAAUUAGAAAAAA